UUUUGUAUAGCUCUAACAAUUAUUAUGCCCAGAACCGCAAACCAAAGGCUGCACAGUGAAUACAUGAGAAGUAGAAUGAAGACUAUAGCGCUGGUAGUUAUGGGGUGCGGAGGGGUUGGCCGUCAACUCAUCCACCACAUUCUUUCUUGCCGAUCUCUUCACGCCGACCAGGGAGUUCACUUGCGUGUGGUGGGAGUAUGUGACAGUGAAUGUUUAGUUGUUGCCUCAGACGUACUCACCAGGGAAUUAAAUGAUCAAUUCUUAUCCAGAGUUUGCCACCUCAAGUCAAAUGGCUCUUCUCUUUCUACACUUGCUGAUUCUGAUGAAUGUCUAGUAUAUUCAAAUCCAGAGUCAACAAGAAAAGCUAUAGAUGUUGCUGCUCUUCUCGGCAAAUCAACAGGUUUGGCUUUUAUAGAUUGCUCUGCAAGUGCUCAUACAAUUCAUGUGCUUAAUCGAGUUGUCGAGUUAGGAUGUUGCUGCGUCCUCGCAAAUAAGAAGCCUCUUACUUCUGCACUAGAAGACUAUGACAAAUUGUUCUCCUAUCCUCGCCGGAUUAGGCACGAGUCAACAGUCGGUGCUGGCCUUCCUGUUAUAGCAUCCUUAAAUCGCAUACUUUCAUCAGGAGAUCCUGUUCGCCAAAUAAUUGGAAGUUUGAGUGGUACACUGGGAUAUGUAAUGAGUGAGGUUGAAGAUGGAAAGCCUCUGAGUGAAGUUGUUAAGUCUGCUAAAAGUCUGGGCUUCACUGAACCAGAUCCUCGCGAUGACCUUAGCGGGAUGGAUGUUGCAAGGAAGGCUUUGAUUCUUGCUCGACUUCUUGGAAGACGAAUAAACUUGGAUAGCAUUAAAAUUGAGAGCUUAUAUCCUGAUGAAAUGAGACCUGAUGUUAUGUCUGUUGAAGAGUUUUUGAGCAGUGGUGUUGUAUUACUUGAUGAUGGCAUCCAAGAAAGAGUUAGAAAGGCAUCAUUGAAGGGGCACGUUCUCCGCUAUGUUUGCAUGAUUGAAGGCUCAAGAUGUGAGGUUGGCAUACAAGAACUGCCUAAGAAUUCCGCUUUGGGGAGGCUGAGAGGAAGUGACAAUGUGUGUUACUGCAGUUGGAGAUAUACAGCCGGUGCUAUAGCGAACAACCAUUGGUGAUUCAAGGUGCUGGAGCUGGCAAUGAUACCACAGCAGCUGGCGUGCUUGCUGAUAUUCUGGAUAUUCAAGACGUAUUCCCCUGAAGUAAGUGAGUUAUUCGUUUCUAAGCUCUACUAGAGAUAACAAGCAGCAUAGAGGAGAUUCAAUUUCUAAGAUAUGUUUUAAUGAAGAAAAAGCAAUGCAGUUGCCACAGUUUUUUUUGCUAAUGCAUGCAUUUGGUAA